AUGGCGUCUACGAAUGGCGCAAGUGAGGCGUCUCCCCUGCUUCCGACCUCGACUUCCUCCUCCAGCAGCGCGCCGCGACCGAUUUCCAGCAAACCGACGCGAAAUGUCUCCUUCAACCCACAAGUCUCCACCGCAAGUCCUCCCCAGAGGCAGCCUCUACUUCCCACAGCUUCCUCUUCGUCCAAUCCCGCGUCAACGCUCUCCGCACUCAACAGCAAACUACGCCGCAGAAAUUCCUCUGGGUCGGCUCUACAAAUCCCUUCGACCAUCUCCAAGAUCGGCCCGCAACGUACCACUCGCACAGCGCAGAAGCUCAAACUUCUGCCCAAUCCUGACAUUGGCUCUGACGCGGACGAAGAGAGCGGGAGAGAGGUGUACUCGCAAUUCACGCGCAUCAAGGACCCGACCGCGAGGAGAGAUGCUGCGAGGUUGGGCAAGGACGWCYGGGCCAAAUUGCCUCGAGUCACGGCUUAUUGCACCGCGAGUUCCUACCGAAUUGACGAUUUGAUGCGCUUCCUCAAGGGCAGAGUCAAGACGAAGAAUGCCAAUCYGAAACUGUUUGACGAGUGCAUCUACUCGCCCUACACGUACCAGAAAGAUUUGCCGCCAACUUCGAGGAAGAGGAGUGGAAGUCGGGAAAAUAACGAAGAAGCCAUUGAAGACGAUACGGAAAUCACAAGAGUCCAAUCACAACCCCAGAGACGCUUCUCCGACUCGGCGCUGGAAGUARAUGAGAACUCUGAGAGAAGAAGAGAAGAUCUCAUAGAUCUGAAUACCGCAGCUGGAGACACCACGCUUGAAACAGGCGAACCCAGCCAACCGAUGAGCAUGUCCGCUGGAGACARUACCAUCGUCUCCACAGAACCCGAUCAAAUGGUAACUCCCGACCUGGACACCACAGUUCAUAUCCCCGAGGUCUUUCUCUUCGAGUACGGAGUCGUGGUGCUUUGGGGAAUGUCUCUAAAAGAAGAACAGCGAUUCCUCAAAGAGAUCUCCAAGUUCGAACAGGAAAAGCUGAGCAAAGAUGAUGUCCAAACCGAGGAGUUCAAUUUCUACUACACUAGGGAGUACCAAGCGCGAAUAUACAAUGACUUUAUUUCAUUGAGGGAGAAGAAGAACUAUAUGACGAAAUUGGCUAUUAGCCAUGCGCUGGCGCAGAGUGUGAAGACAUCCCUCUACGAAGACCUGGUAGAUGCAACAAUCUCCACAACCCAAUACCUUCCUUCCCAGAUCGCCUCCACCGGCCGCAUCAACCUGACCCGGCGGGAGAUCAACAUGCAGAUCGGAGAACUCUUCAUCUUACGAAUCAACAUCCAUUUGCAAGGAAGUGUAUUGGAUGCUCCCGAGUUGAUGUGGGCGGAACCGCAGCUCGAGCCAGUGUAUGUGGCUGUGAGAAGUUAUCUGGAGAUGGACCAGAGAGUGUCUUUGUUGCAGGAGAGAGUGGGUGUCAUUGCCGAUUUGCUGGCCGUGUUGAAGGAUCAAUUGAGUCAUACACAUGGUGAAUACUUGGAGUGGAUUGUGAUUGUGCUCAUCGCAGCGGAGAUCCUGGUCGCUGCCAUCAAUAUCGUGGUGGAUCUUUACGCUGGCGUGGAUUGA